AUGUUUUUCAUAUCAAUUAUCUUUCUAACUAUUAUUAAUCCUUCAAUACAAUCAGGUCAACCAUCAUUAAAAUUAACAUUCAUUCCUGAUGAAAAAUAUUUCACAAAUGGUCAUCAAGUUGAUAUUCUUUGUGAAUUACUUAAUCCAAAUGAUUUUACAACAGAAGCACCACAAUUAUGGCAUGUGGAUUUAAAAACUGGAAAAUAUACACCAAUAUCGCGUAUGUCAAUAAAUUCACCACCGAAUGAAGCACCAGAUACAUUUAAACGAAAUCCUAAUAAACGUAUAGAAUGGAUUAAGAAAAAUCAUAUGCGUAUAAGACAUUUACAAUUAGAAGAUUCAGCACGAUAUGAAUGUAAUUGUCCUGAUUGUGAACAACGAUUAGAAGAACAAAAAAAAAUUUUACAAGUUAUGAAAUUAACUGAACCUAGAUGGCAUAUUGAACCUGGUUGGCCAAUACAAGAAAAUGCUAAAACAACAAUAAAAUGUACAGUUGAUGAUUUUUAUCCAUAUGUAAGCCAUAAAAUAAUUCGUAAUCAUCACGAAAUGAAUGAUGGCAAGAGCAUCCUACCAAAUACUAAUACAUUUCCACAAAAAUUUUCUUGGGAAGCAAGUGUUACACCAACAGCUGAUUGGCAUAAUCAAACAUUACAAUGUACAGUUACUCAAGGUAAUACGGAACAACAUGCAUUGAAAGUUCUUGAUGUUUUAUUUACUCCACGUUUUCUUAAAUGUGAUGAAAAACAAUAUGUUAAUUCAACAAAAGAAAAUGCAACUAUUGAAUGUUCAUAUUCAGGAAAUCCAGCACCAACAUUAACAUGGUUUCGUCAAACAGAUGAAAAACCUAUUAAAACUGAAACAGGUAUUGCGAUUGAAACAAAAGAUGAACAUCAUGGCAAAUAUAAAAGUAUUGUUAUAUUUGAUCGUGAAAAAUUAAGUUCUAUACCCUUAACAACAACAAUGACAACAACAAUAACAAAAUCAUCUAAUGGAAAAUCAGAUAUAACAAUUAAACCAAAACUUGCAGGAGAUAAUUAUUAUCAACAAUUAUUAAAUGAUGGUUUUAUUGUUAAAUUAUCAUAUAAUAAUGAAGAAAAAGGUUUACAUAAAAUAAGUAUAGUUAGUGACAUAAAUGACGCACGAUCAAAUGCACUUGAUAGUUCAUCAACUAAAACGAUACAAAAUCUAUCAACAUCUAUUAUCUUAUUAUCAUUUUUAACUGUUCUUUAUAUGAUACAAUAUUAUUGA